AUGAUUAUGAAUUCAGCCGAAUCCUCAAAUAAUGAUGCCAACGAUUUUGCUAAUAACGAUGAUCUUGCAGCGGAAGCGGCCACAGAAGAUUCACUUGCUAAAGAUAAUAGUAUCGAUCAAGACAAUACCAAUAUGAUCACUGGUGGUCCAUUGGGGACUGAUUUUUCAGCGAACGAAAUGUCAGGUGAUGAUACACUAGAGGCUUUGAAGAGUGACGAAGCAAGUCUAGAGAAUGAUUCCGGAACUCAAAUGUCGUCCUCGAAUGAUGAUGAAAAAGGGAAUACGUUUCUGUAUGGUUAA